AUGUCGAAGCUUCUGCAAACAGAAAUUCAGCAGAAGCUCAGCCAAGCAAAUAUGCGAAUAGCCGACUGGCUGGGUGGCGAGAGCAGUGGGUCACCGGAAAAGAACGCUUUUGAGGACUUACCCGUGAUCAAGCCGGGCGCAGGUCUUGAUCUGUCCUCAGAUGCGGCUAGAAUAGGCGAUUUCACGUCAGGAAAGGUGGUGAAAAAAGUGAAGAACCCUCAACGACCGCAGUCUCGGUCGCUGCAGGCGCUGCAGAACAAGCUACGAAAUGCCAACAGAGACAAGGCGCGCGCCAGAGUGGAAAAAACGAAGCGGGAGGCCACAAGGCCAGCCUCGGGUGAGGAUGACUCGGAUGAGGACGAGGUGGUGCAACGGAAACGAAGCGGUACCACCGCCAAGAAGGUCAGUAAGCGGCCAUUUUAG